AUGUCUGAAGGUGUCGGUGCCGUCAUCAAACUGCUGCCCCCUUCCGGAGAUGGAUACCUUUGGGAGGCCACGCAGGUCACGCAGAUAAGCAAUCUUCCCCCGGGGGAUGUCUAUGCUCGGGAGUCGAUCGACUGGUCUAUGGGACCCAUCAAGGUCUCUGGAUAUCUCGAUACAUCCACCUAUGAGAUUGGCGUGAGCGUCACUGUUGUUGGUGUCAAUGUUGGAAAUAUCUUUGGCAAUCUCAAGGAUGGCGUUGGCCUCGAGAUGAAUCUCACCGCUGCGGACGGCGAGGUUAGAUUUUACUUGAAGAAUGGAUAUGAAAUGUGGAUCCAUUAUGAUUUCAGUAUCACCUUUGACGACGGUAAUUAUGAUGGGGAUUACAAGAUACAUGACAUUUGA